AUGACGGUGCAAGCCAUAAGAAAAGCAACAGUCGGCCAGAAUGGCGUCGGCGCCUUCAUUCUCCAAUGCAAACGACUUGACUUCCACUAUUGCGACUGGGCUGGAAGCUCAAAAGGCAUGAAUUCUUUCCUCCGCCACUCGCUUUCCAAAUUCGCUGCCGCAAACCCCCAAAUCGAAAUCACCGUCUCUCCUCGACCACGAAAGCAUCCGGUAAUAGUAGGGCACUACAUCAAUGGUCGGGAGAAGGCAAUCUGUGUGCGGAAUCUGCAGAAGGAGCAGAUAUUACAGAAGGCUGAGCUCCUGCGGGAUGCCAGUGGUGAGAAGUUGAAGAGGGUCACGAAGCCAGUGAAGAGUAUAAACGAGAGUGUCAGAGGUGUAUGGAGUCCGUACCACGGCGGUGGAAUCCAUGUCUGA